ACUGUGAGUCUCUUUUGCAUUGACGCAGUAGAAGAAGACAGCCUUCGGUUCCAGGAAGUUCAAGCUGAUUGAAAGGCUCUGCGGUCGCUGCGUUAUGUGUGUACAAUAUGAGAUAAUACGAAUAUGAAGUCUCUAGUCUUUAUAAUGGUAUGAUAGCCAGUUAUAAAGUAGACCUCGCAUUGCGAAAUGCCUUUGUUUAUUCAAAGUAGAGAACUUGGGCGCAUAAACUCGACAGAAGAACUGUUCGCCAAGUAUCCACAUUUACAGGAAAAUGGAAGAACAUUUCGCUCCAAGCCACUUGUUGAUGUCGACCCAAAGUGCCUCUUGUAUGUACAGCAAAGAGAGUUUGCUGCAACAACACCAGCAGACAACUGUGUUUCAGUAAUUGGAUCUGAUGAUGCCACCACCUGCCAUUUGGUUGUGUUGCGACACACAGGAAGUGGAGCAGUUUGCCUUGCUCACUGUGACGGUUCCAGCACCUGGUCUGAAGUCCCAGUCAUUGUGAAAGCUGUCAUGUCACUGAGCAACGUCAGUAAGGAGGGCAGACUUGAGCUCCACCUUGUCGGGGGAUUUAACGAUGAGUCAAAAACAUCCCAUAAACUCAGCCUUAAUAUACUAGCAGCAUUCCAGAAACAGAAAGAGGAUAUUCAUCUGGAAACAUGUUGCAUCACUGAAAUUAAUGAUAUUGUUGCCAGUGGAACUCAUACGCCUGUAGUAUAUGGAAUAGGUGUAAAUGUUAAGACAGGGGAUGUGUUCCCUUCCUCAUUCACUCAUAAAGGACCUGCAGAGGAGCUUCGAUCGGCAAGGACCUUCACUGGGGGACAGAUGGCUGACAUAUAUGACUCAAGUCGAGGACUGAUUAAAAUCGGGCCUUGCAAGUGGUCCCCAAAUCUGGAUAUUGCCUUCUGGUUGUCACAAAGUGAUGACACAAUUUUAAAGUACCUGUCCACCUCUCCGAUGGCUGAGCCUCCACACUUUGUCCGACACAUAAAGUCCACCAUCCAGUUCCUUUUAGAACACCCCAGCUCUGAUAGCCUGUUCCCUGGUGGUCAGCCACAGCUCUACCACAGGACUGAGACGGGGGAGUGGGAGAGGAGUGUCUAGUCCUACUUCUCUCCCUCACUCAACCUUAUCAUGGAGCUUGACUGUUUUUGCCUCUGAGCUCAAUGGAAACACUGUGACCCAUCUACAUAUUGACCUUUUUUUUUUUUUUUUUAAAUUCAUCGUGUCUUAGCAUGGAUUUAACCCCUGACUUGGACCAUGUGUAUGUUUAGUGGCUCUCCUGCCUCAUCUGGCUGGUCCAGUAGAGAGAGUAGAGGAAGUAAAGGUUGUUCUGUUCAUACCUGCAACACUUAAUAUUUUCCACUCUCUUACACCAUUUGUUAUGUUGGUGAUGUUUGACUGUUUUCAUCUUUAGGAAAUAAUUAACAUUGCUGUCUUACGUACGGUUAUACGAUCAUACUUCUUUCUCAUUUUUAUGUUUUGGUUUUUUUUUAGCCCAAUACCCACAACAACCUUUUUUUUUCAUUUCCAACCUUGCAUUCAUUUAAAUGCCUUUUUGUCAGUCAGUUAAUGUUGCCAGCUACCUUGUACCGAGAAGUCAAACCUUAACUAUCUCAACUAGGUUAUGAAAAACAAUGUAUUUUCACAUCUAAGAGGUAUGAAAUCAAUCCAAAAACUUAGAAAUAUUUGGACAAAAUAUAGUUAAUCCGCUAACACAUGUAAAACCACAUAUGUGGCCCUUAAACAUACAGCCUUGACUUACCGUUUAAGGAAUAAUUACAAGUGGGGAACUUGCUGCAACAACAAUAAAGAAUGUAUUUAUUUUGGCACUUUGCUUAAAACAGUAAAGAGAAUACUAAUUGUUAAACACUGCAUUAUUGUAAAAGCUGAGCACAGUUUAUUUUCUUUACAAAUGCACCUUCCCGAGGAGAGUGGAGUAUGAUAGUUCAUCACAGACUCUACUGCUGUAUACUUCGCUAUGAAUGAGUAUGUUUUAGGAAACUGCAUGUGUGAAUGUGUAUAGUAAUCUUCUGCAAGAGAUGGCAUAGAUCCUUGUCAACUGCAACCCAAUAUGAUUUAACUAGUUUUGUCUUUUUUUUUUUGGAAACUGUUAAAAAUGAAACCACAACAUGCUGUGUAAGGCCUUUUCAUCAGUUGUGUUACUCAGAAAGUUGCAAGGUCCUUAAAGCAUUCAGUGCAACUUGUUACUGUAACAUGCUGUAUUUGUUGCUAAAUAAAUGUAAAUGGUUAAAUCUUGAGUUCAAAAA